CGGGGGGGGGCAGAAGCGGAAACUUAAGAAACUCAAACGCCUGUUGUCGAGAAAACUUAUCCCGUCUUCGAGACGUGUCAAAGCCCCUUCGCGGGACGCACGGCUCGAGAGCAUUGGCUGCGUGUUUUGUGGGCGAAACGCGGCAGACAAUUGAGUCAGUCCGGGCCCCGAAGAUUGAACCGGGGGACAUCCGGCUGCGUAUAGUUUCCCUCCUGCGGCUCGUCAGUCAGUCAGGUCUGGGCGAGUGAGGAGUGAAGUGCGUCCGAGGUUGGUGGUGGGGGCGAAGAGGGGGCCGGGAGGCGAGCGGAGUGGGGGGGGUGCGGCAGCUGCCCGUUGCUCCCCCGAUGGACAAGGUGGAUCCCGGGAAUGAGGAGGAAGGAAUGCCGGUCGGCUCGGGGCUGCUGGAGGCGGAGGGAGAGGCGGAGGCGGAGGGGGAGGGCGAGGGACUGACCUCCCGGCCGACCUGGGGCAAUAAACUGCAGUACAUCUUGGCCCAAGUCGGCUUCUCCGUGGGCCUAGGGAACGUCUGGCGAUUCCCCUACCUCUGCCACCAGAACGGGGGAGGAGCUUUCCUGAUCCUGUACCUGUUGUUGCUGCUCCUGAUGGGAAUCCCGCUGUUCUUCCUGGAGUUGGCCGCUGGCCAGAGUAUCCGGCAAGGGAGCAUCGGGGUGUGGAAAAGCAUUAGCCCCCGGCUAGCCGGCAUCGGCUUCGCUAGCUGUCUGGUGUGUUUCUUCGUGUCCCUGUACUACAAUGUGAUCAUCGCCUGGAGCCUCUUCUACUUUGGUCACUCGUUCCAGUACCCACUGCCCUGGGAGUCCUGCCCGGCCCUGCCCAACACCAGCGCUGUGGUGAGGGAGUGCGAGCUGAGCUCACCCACCACCUACUUCUGGUACAGAGAAGCUCUGAACAUCACGAACUCCAUCAAUGAGAAUUACGGGCUGGAUCCCACGAUGACUGGCUGCCUGUUUGCGGCCUGGCUCAUCGUCUGCCUGGCCAUGAUCAAAGGCAUCAAGUCCUCAGGGAAGGUGAUGUAUUUUAGCUCCAUCUUUCCUUACGUGGUGCUGCUCUGCUUCCUCGUUCGCAGCCUCCUUCUGGAAGGUUCCACAGACGGCAUCCGCUACAUGUUCACUCCCAAGAUUGAGAUCCUGGCUGAUACCCAGGUGUGGAGACAGGCAGCCACGCAGGUGUUCUUUGCCCUGGGGCUGGGGUUUGGCAGUGUUAUCGCCUACUCCAGCUACAACAUUCGCACCAACAACUGCCACUUCGACGCUAUCCUUGUCUCCUUCAUCAACUUCAUGACCUCGAUCUUUGCCACCCUGGUGGUCUUCGCUGUGCUGGGCUUCCGAGCCAACGUGCUGACCCGCAAUUGUGUGGCCAAGAACCUGGUUUUACUGCAGAACCUGAAAGACACCGGUGUCCUGAACAGCUCUGUGCUGCCGGACACCCUCAACCUGACCUCACUGACCCCCAAGGAAUACAGGCAAUGGUUUGACUCGGUGACGUCCCAGGUGGUGCCGCUCAGUGUCUCCCCCUGCAGGCUGGAGGAGGAGAUGCAGAAGGGUGUGGAGGGCACGGGGUUGGCUUUCAUCGCCUUCACGGAGGCCAUCACUCACUUCCCAGCCUCUCCCUUCUGGUCCAUCCUCUUCUUCCUGAUGCUGCUGAACCUGGGAAUGAGCACCAUGUUCGGGAACAUGCAGGGCAUCCUCACCCCACUGCUGGACAACUUCCCCUUCCUGUCCAAAAGGAAGUCCAUCUUCACAGUGAUAUGCUGUAUCCUGGGGUUCCUGAUGGGAUUACUUUUUACCCAGCGCUCUGGAAACUACUUUGUCACCAUGUUUGACGACUAUUCGGCCACUCUGCCUCUCAUCGUCGUGGUUUUCUUCGAGCUGAUCGCCGUGUCCUGGAUCUAUGGCACGGACAGGUUCAUGGAUGACAUCGAGGACAUGAUUGGCCGACGGCCUUUCGUUCUCUACAAGUACCUCUGGAGGUUCUUCUGUCCCGUCGCCAUGUUGGUGCUGCUCCUGGCCAGCCUCAUCCAGAUGUGCAUCCAGCCUCCCACCUACCGCUCGUGGAACAAAGAGCAGGCUCAGGAAGUAUCUCUGGAAUAUCCCGACUGGGCUCUGGCCCUGCUCAUCUCCCUCAUCGUCCUGGCUUCCCUCCCCAUCCCGUUGUUCUACCUGAAGCAGAUGAUCAAAGAUUGGCACGAGCGAGAACCCGUUUACACGGAGUGUGGCCUGGCCGACUUGUCUCCAGCCCCCCCCGGGGAGGUGGGGGGUCCCCAGGGCAAUGGCUACAUCAAGGUGGGGGACGGGGAGGGCGAGGGGGAGGCGGCGACCGAGAGUGAGAGGCUGUUGGACGCGCAGCAGGAGAGGAGAGACGACACAGGCUCAGAGCUGGACUACACCAACCCCGAGAAGAGCGAGGGCUUCAGCAAGUACUCCAACACCGGCAAUUAGAGGCCGUCCGUCCGUCCAACUGACCGCUCGCUCGCUCUGACCGACUCAGUCCCAGGGAGAAGCCGAACUGGUCCUCGAUGGAGCGGUGAAACAACAACAACCAACACCACAAAUCAGGGGCUGUAAUACUUGUAACGUCGGUCGGAAAAACCCUAAACCUGGGAUUGUUUGUCUGGGGGGCUAAACAGGGUGGGAACAGCCA